UGACCUUGAGACUCAGCAUGCGCACUCAGUCUAGAGGAAAGGAUGAGAAACUUACGGUGGUGCGCGUGUCGCGACCCUCAAGGAUGCAAUCGAUGCAGACAUGAUUGUCGUUGUUUGGGGCAUGAGGGCAUUUGGGAGGCGAAAUCUUGGGCGCGAUGGACGCCAUCCAAGCGAGCACCUCGUGGCCGGACUGCUGCGAAAGAUACGGGCCCACGGGAGUAGCACCGAAAAGCGGCUGAAGAACCGGAGCCAACGGGCGAGGAGCGCGAGCUCGACGCGGCGGUGAAGGCUUGUAGUUCUUGAUGAAUUCAGCCUCCUGGUACUGCACCUCUCGGACACCCCGGAUUCCAGCCUCAUAGAGACCUUCCUGACCGCCGGUCCACUGAUCAAAGAGGAUGUUGAGAUCCUAUCAAUUGUCAGUGUGUGGAAUGUGGAAUAUGGAAAACGAAUCUCACAUCACUGGUGCAAUGGCCAAUAUCCCAUGCACGACCAGCAGUAGCAUUGAAAGAAUCAAGCGCGGACUGCCAAUUCAUCAUCGAGUCGAAUUCGACACGGAAAAGAAGCGAUCGCUUUUCCUCUCCAAGCAGCAUGCCCGUGCGGAUGGCACAAGCACGGCCCUGCUUGUGGAAGUUCUGGUUGAGCAGCUGGCAUGCUCGAUUGAACACAGCGGCUUCACCACCACGCUCCUCAACAGUGGAGGCUUUCCCAGUCAACUGAAUAAACAGAACAAGCUGGCCAUCAACCGCCUUCUUGUUGCACGAAUAUUUCUCCUUCUCAUGGAGAAGGGCGUGGUCAAUGUAGCUCACCCCGAACUUGGAUUGCUUCUCCGGACCAAACCCAGCAAUGGUUUCUUUCGCAACGCGAAAGGCGACUUCGGCUUCCGCAAGACCAUCGAACUCAUAAGUGACAAGACCAGGAGGGUAAGACGGCACGAGAGCCUUUCCAAGCGGGAAAGCCUUGGAAUGCUGCAUGACAUGUCAGUCCCGGAACCAAACAUUGCGGUGGAAGCGAAUUGCGGCACGACUUGGAAAUGACUCAAAAUGACGACUAGGGUGCGACUCGGCACCCUUCAAAGUGAAAGG